ACAAUCCUAGAAUAUCCUCAGUACCCAGAGCCUUUGAUCUCAUAGCAGUCCAAUCUAAAUGGUUCUCGCUCGUUCUUGGGGGUAUGGGCAUAUUGGACUGUCCGAGUAGCUGCGGGAGGAGAUGUCCUUCACCUUUUAAAAGAAAAAAAGAAAAGCAAGGCACUAGAGCAAAACAGAUGAGCCAACCGCACCAAGAUGACAGGAAGACGGGCCUGCAGGCUGCUCACAUGUACGAUGACGUCUCGGAGUUUCCAGUCUAUGCUACUGUGAACAAGCCCAGGAAUGUGAAGCGUGAUGACAGCGUGCACUAUGCAGAUAUCCAGGUAUUCACCAGGGCCCGGGAGCGCUCGGCCCAAGAGGUGAAGAACUUGCAAAUGCAGAAUGCAACGGAGUAUGCCACCCUUAACUUCCCCCAUCCCAGACUGAAAUACGACAGCAGAAAUGGGACCCUGGUGUAAGAGGUGCAGCAGCCUCCUCCAGUUUCACAGACUGAGAUGCUGUAGAUUCAAGCCUAUACCGUGGAUGCAUGGGUCUCUCUGAGAAUGUGCAGAGAACCUGGAUCCUCCAGUUGUAUUUGGUUUUGAAGGACUCUAAUAUUUGUCGUAACUGAAUAAAACUUUUCACUGGGUUUUGCUGAGAAAAUCCAACUUACCCCUUUAGAAACAUCAGGGAUGUUUCUGAGGCUGGAAGGAUGUCUCCUUUGGGCCCUUCUAGAAGGUAAAGCUGCUCCCUGUCUAAUGAAAUCAUAGCCCAGUGCCAUGGGGAGGUGAUUCAUACCAUGGCAGGAGGAUUAGCCCUGCACCAUAAUACAGGCAGAUCUGGAAACCCAGAACAAAGGAUUAGAUAAAUUAGAACAAGUGAAAUGUUUGCCACUGGAUUUUGUUUCAAAUUAAGAAAACCCUGCAGCUGUUACAGAAAAUGACAGGUGGGUGAUACUAUGAGGAAAUUGCAUGGACCAUAUCACUAUAUGCAUGCUGCAAACACUAGCCCUUCCACUCGGCAUGCUUCAGACACUAACCCCGUACCAUUUCCUCAAUGAAGCAGUGUGUUCCCACCAUGCACAGUGCUCUGCAAUGCUAAGAGCAAGAAUGCAGGGUCUAGACAUGGCUAAGCCGCCCUUUCAGCAGUAGGACGGUUAUAGAUGUAGAGCUUCUCAUUCCCCGAAAGGGAAUGAGAAGCUCUUAGCCAUGGUCUGAAAUGAAAGCAACUAACAUUUACAAAUUAAUUUUUGAACAAUAAUUUUAAAUCCUCUGCUAACACUUAAGGGUGGGUCAUCCAGUCCUCAGACACGCUGGCAGUUUGCAUGUCUAUGGGAUUGAGGAUGAAUCAUGGCCAACCUCAGAUAGGGUUUAGGACCCUUUCUUCUUCCUUCCUGUGUCAGGUAGCAGACGGCGCGUAGCACAGGGCUCAUGCUAGACACCCCCUCACCAAUACACAUUUGAGAUUUUGUUUAUAGAUUAAUAAUAUUGAUUAUUAAUAAUGUGGUUUAGCAACAAUCCAGUAGGUUCCUGCAUCCCUACAUGGCAGGGGUUAAACUAUGGGCUGAAUUUCCAACGUUGUCACCUAAACAGGGUUUCCAAACUUAAACCAGCACUUUACACUGUUAAAUGAAACUUUGUGCACCUAUGUGCUGAUCUGAGUGGCUCAAUGCAGGAUUUGGGACAUCCUGGUCAAAUACCAGUGUUUGAAAAUGGGGAGUUUCGUAAAGUUUAUAAUCAAAUUGUAUUUUGCUUACAACUUUAUUAACUAAAGACCUGAGUGUGGUCAGUAUGAGUUACUGUUCACUAAAAAAAUAAAAGAGGUACUAAUAUCUG